UGUGGUGAGCACAAAGCGAACUACUCUUUCGCCUUUUACUAAAGAAUACCGUGUGCUCUCCACGCCAAGUGGCAUACGCCUAUUUUUGGAGGGCUCUCACGUAAAUGUGAGACCCAAUAGUUUCUAGUCUGAAUAUUAAUUUAUUUUAUGUCUUGCUCCCCUGUUUGGAUAGCAAGUUCUAAAGCCCAGUGGUUAAAGAAUAUAUUGGGUUGUCAGAAUAUGUUGAGUGGUUUAAAUUUAGAAUCAACUAUGAUUUGCCAUUUUUUAAUAGUAUUUAUAGAUUUUUCCAAAAUUUUUUUCAUAGUUUAUCAAUAUAUAAUUUUAAAUAAUUCUCAUUCACAAUCAAUUAAAAGAAAUGCAUCUGUUUAGAUUCUUUGCUGUGCCUAUUCAUAUAAUCUGUUUUUUCUUUCUUAUUUGUUGGAUUCUUGCUAUUUAAAUGUUUGGAAAAAAAAUUCUUUCUAUUUUCUAAAAAAUUGACUAAAGAGAAAAUCAAUGUUGACCAUCUGGAAAUUUAUCUAAUGAUUUAUUAAUUUUCCCUUUUCCCUUUAAAGAGAAAAGUAAAAAUCUAAACAAAAUAAGUAUAAAAAAAAAAUUUUAACUAGUCAAAACCCCUAGCAUUUUGCAAAAGAGAGGGAAAGAGGAGAAACGAAGAAGAAGAUGAUGAUGAUGAAAGGAAAUGGAUCUAAAUCUUCCUUAAACUCUUUGAUAUCUUCUUUGGGCGAUUCGGCCCGAGAGCUGAUUAAACUCAGAUCGACUCUGAGGAUGGAUGGAGAUGUCAGUAUCACAGGGCUUAUAGCGAUCAUUGCGUCAUUUCAGUCGGUAGAGCUUCAGAUACAAGCUAUCAAAGAUUUAUUGCGUCAAAGGAAAGAAGCUAUUCCCAACGGCAAGCUCUCGAGAUAUUUCUAUUCCUUUACUCUGUUUGAUGUUGAGAUGACCGUAUCUGAGAUUGAGACUCUACAACGAAUAAUUUCUCCUUUUGCUGAGUUUUACACGAACAUGGCAAGGGAGUUGCAUCCAGAGUUGUUUUCAGAUGAUUCAAAUACAUGGCGGUGGUUGUUGUCCCAAGCCCAACCGAGGAAAUACAACAGAACAACCAACUUCAAAAUGAACCGGAACCGUUGAGGCGUGAAAGCAAGACAGACAGCAGUUGCUUUGGUAAAAGAAGAUGGAUGGGCUCGUGCAUGAAAGGAAAGGAGAGAAUCUAAGGAGCUAGGUUUAGGCUUGUUUUUCUAAUUAAAUUCCACAGACUAUAGUUGCAAUUAUAAGUAGUGUCCCAACUUCUUGGCCCUCUUCUCUUGUCCAAGAGUAGUACUGUGAACGUUGUAAAGUAUAGCAAUACUGAUUAUCAUGGCAUACUCACUUUGAAU